GUCGAUAGAACUGAUUUUCGUCGUCUCCCUCGUUCUCCGUGUUGUUGUUCAUCUCGGUGACGCGACAGAGGUGUAGCCUGACGCGGUCUCUUACGUGUCGGUCUGAAUAAAAGUGGAGCUCGGAGGACCCGGGAGUGACGAAGCGAGUCUGUGUCGGGCUCUCCAGAGUUCUCCACCCGCCAUUCCAGCCAACUAAAUGACCAUGGAAGCGGGAGCCGAUACACAGCAGGGUGGUGACACAGCUGUUUCUGAGUCUGAGGCCCAGCAGAUCACACUGGCCCAGGUGUCUAUGGCAGCAGGGCAGGUCUCCUCCAGCGGCCCCACAGUCACCCUGGUGCAGCUACCCAACGGUCAGACGGUUCAGGUCCACGGGGUCAUCCAGGCCGCCCAGCCCUCGGUCAUCCAGUCGCCUCAAGUACAGACUGUUCAGAUUUCAACAGUUGCAGAGGAUUCCCAGGACUCCCAGGAGUCGGUGGACAGUGUGACAGACUCUCAGAAGAGGAGGGAGAUUCUGUCCAGACGUCCUUCCUACAGGAAGAUCCUGAACGACCUGUCGUCUGACGUGUCUGCGGUCCCGCCGAUCGAGGAGGAGAAAUCGGAGGACGACUCGACCCCCGCCAUCACCACCGUUGCCAUGCCCACAUCAUGCCCCAUCUAUCAGACGGCCAGUGGCCAGUACAUUGCCAUCACCCAGGGCGGCGCCAUCCAACUGGCCAAUAACGGUACAGAUGGCAUGCAGGGGAUGCAGACCCUCACCAUGACCAACGCGGCGGGCGCCCAGCAGGGCACCACCAUCCUGCAAUAUGCCCAGACCUCCGAUGGACAGCAAAUCCUGGUGCCCAGCAACCAGGUGGUAAUGCAAGCUGCCUCUGGAGAAGUGCAGACCUACCAGAUCCGUACGGCCAACACCAGCAGCAUGACUUCUGGGAUGGUGAUGGCCUCCUCUCCCGCCUUGUCUGGCCAGGAAGGCCCAGAGGUUGUCGUCACCCGUAAGAGGGAGGUCAGACUGAUGAAGAACAGGGAGGCGGCCCGGGAGUGUCGCCGGAAGAAGAAGGAGUACGUCAAGUGUCUGGAGAACCGUGUGGCCGUUCUGGAGAACCAAAACAAAACCCUCAUCGAGGAACUGAAGUCACUUAAAGACUUGUACUGCCACAAAUCAGAGUAGUGUCCCCCCUCCCCCAUGUAAAGAGACUCACCACAGAGCCAUGCAUCUGGCACCACCCUCCCCCAUGUACAGAGACUCACCACAGAGCCAUGCAUCUGGCACCACCCUCCCCCAUUUAUCAUUUUCUUUUUAAAAAGCUCUACCAGUCUAGAAGACCUACAGAAAGAGGAAAAAUAACAAGAACACAAUUUCUCCACUUUUCCACAAGUAUCCCUUUAAAAGGAUGACAUGAGUACACCUAAAAAGGAUGACCUCAUGAGUACCCCUAAAAAGGAUGACAUGAGUACCCCUAAAAAGGAUGGCCUCAUGAGUACCCCUAAAAAGGAUGAUGAGUACUUUCCAUCAUGAGUACCCCUAAAAGGAUGAGGUGGAGCACACUGUUUCUCCACCAAUAGAAUGGAGCCCCUAGUGGAAUCUUACAGUGGUAGGUAUUGUGUCUAUCCACGACACCACUGCUGCUAACUAACCAGUAGUCCCCAGUCUCAAGAUGUCAGAUGGCAGGAAAACACCAGCCGUGGAGGACUAGGACCCCUCUGCCCACCAUGAACUACCCUAUACAACUUGAGUUGGGGCCGUCACCUAGCAACACACGUUGAAAAUGAUUUUGGAAAAAUGGUCAUCUUUUUGAGUGCUACACUAUUCAGUUUUUAGGCUGAUGAUUGCUUUAACUCUUCUGUUACUUACUAACACUUUAUGUGGACUGUAGAUCCCAACCACUGUCAGAUGAAAUGUAUUAUCUUUGAGCUUGAGUUGGGUUAUCAUGUAUUGAAUUUUUCUGCUUGCCAACUUUUGUUAUUCAGCAUUGCUAAGUCGGGUGUUUUGGGGUAGGAGAUGGAUUGUGGGUGGAUUGUCUGCAACAACUAACAGGCAUUAAAAGGUAAUCUCAGCGAUAUGACGUAGAUGCAGAAUGUAAACAGCAUAGUGGGUCAGUUACCACAACUAAGAGUGUUGAAGCGAGAGGCUCAACUUCUCCGCUGUUUUGGUGCCGUGGCUACCACUACAACGUUAAGUGAUACUGGGUGAUGGCAACGUGUUGCAUCUCGCUCAUCUCAAUAUCUCCGGUGCUGCUCGGGGGGAAAGUCAUUUCGCCGAGUACCUUUUUAAAGAGUUGUGCUAGUGUAAACUGAGCUACCACACAGCUGACAGGAGGAGUUGUGAAAUAUGACUGAAGGGUAGACUAUGGGUGUUGUAUAGUGUGCUUUUAGGCAUUCAUGUAAUGUAUACGAUGUCUGAGGCAGUGUGUGUGUUUGAGUCUCCUUGUUUGUUUCUCCAUGGCCUGAACAGGCAUAAUCAUAUUGGAGGAUAUCCUAACUUCCACUUAACUUAAUCAUGCAUUGACAUCAAUGGGAUUGUAGAGUGAAAGUUAGGAUUAGCCCCACAAUCUCACUUUUUCAUCUGUUGUGCCUCAAACACUUCUGAUAGAACAAGGGAAGAAGCAUUUUCUAUCAUGUAGUUAGUUAAAAGGGAUAGUUUGCUUGGAUCUGCAGUGAUGACGUAGACCUCGAUUUUGGGAUCCAUCGCUGACAUUUAGACUGACAACUCAUCAACAAACGUGGGAUUACACCAGGGGUGCGUUCAGCAGCUCACAACAAUGUGGAACAGAUCAAAAUGUUCAGCUAGAACAGACAUGCCUUUCUGACAUGUAAAAUAAGGAUUCAUGUCAACUAUAUUUCUAUCGGCAAUGUUCCAUAACGUUUGCUUACUGAACCCGGUCUUCUGUUUGAUUGGAUAACGGAAUGCCAUAUUGUAUUAUUUUGUUUUUACGUAGCCAUCUGUCAUAAAUAACAUAUGCAUCUUAUUUUUAAAACACUUGCCAUUUCUGUUCAUAUUUUGUAAACGUUGUAUUUCUUAAUGUCAGCAUUCACUUGUAUGAAAAAAGCAAAACAAUUAUAUUACAGAUUCUACUAUUUGUUUUUGGCAGCUGUUAAUAAAUGUGUUUCUGGUA